AUGUCGAAACGCAAGCGGUGCAUGGCCGAUGUCGUUGGUUAUUUGGACUCCUUUAUGGCAUGCAAGCGGACGGCUGAAUCCCCUCCAUUAAGCCAAUCUUCAGAUGGUGAAGCUAUGCAACUGUCAUUGCGUAGUGAUACUUCAAACGAAAAUUGUAGUAGCAGCAGCGGCGGCAGCGUACCCGGUCCUGAUACCAUGCAUAUCCCUACGGUGAAUGAGGCAAGGGUUAGGUUGGUCAAGAGGGCGGAUUCUCCGAGGUUGCGGGGGAGCGUGUUUGAAACAGAAAUGAACUUCUUUUGCAGGGAAGAGGAAAAUAUUGCGGAUAUGUGCGUAUACUUGGCUGAGGUCGCCUCAUCGUCACGCACACCUGAGGCCCUGAUGGCACUUGUCCUCUACUUUAUGGAACAUGAGCCAGAUAUGGUAAUGCAAUCUUUGAAACGAGCUGGACUGCAAUCGCAACUGCUCAGCGCUCUCUGCAAAUCCUCCGCACGCAGCGUUACAGACAACAAAGAAGGACUUUAUAUUCGUUUUGUCGGCCACUUGUUAACUCUAUGCGACGAUGAGGUAUUAUCCGAUGCUAGUUUGGUGAAAUUCUUUCUUCUGAGCUCCGAGAAGCGAGCUGAGGAAGCUGCUGCAACACCAGCUGGAUCAAAGCACUGGUCGCAGCGGGCACAUUGCCCGACGCCACCUAAGCAACGGCGUCAAGAUGAUUCAGCACUGAAGUCAGCUGUUGACAAGUUUUGCCGCGGGAAAUCAGAUGAUACCGCAACCUCCUUAGCUCUUAAGGCGUUACUCCACAUUAUUUUUAGGUACAAUCAAGCAACCUCGUUUCCAGGGGAAGCUAACCCUUGCCUUGUGUUUGCUGAGCUUGGCGGAUUUGAGGUUGUGACACCCAUGCUGAACGACGCGGACUGCAAAGAUGUGCUUCACCUGCUGGAGGUUGUGACAUUAUGCGAACGGUUGUGCCCAUCUUAUGAUGCGGCUUUGCAAGAGUUGGUUAUCCUUUUGAUACGUUUGGUGGCGCGUGAGGACACAAAGUGCGAAAAUGAUGUGCUAACUAUUGCUCUGCGGGUUUUGGUUAAUGGCACGAGUCUUGUUCCGCAUGCACUGCGGGAUUCGAAUCGUCGGCGUGAGAGGUCACAGCUCGCUGAGUUUUCUACCAAAAGGCUGAUGAGUGACAACACUCCCUUGAACGUAGCAGCCUUCAUCCUCUGCUCUGCAGUGAACAUUGUGAAGUGGGAAGUCGCUUCUAGAUGCGACGAGUUUGCCCGAUGUUUAGUUAAUUGUCCGGAUUUUCUCUCUCGGAUUGCAGAAUUGACUUUGCAGUGUUACAACGCAGAGGAAACGGAGCGGAACGUCGUUUCCGGGUAUUACGCGCUACUGCUUGCUGUUCUAUCCCUCAUCGACACGCCGAAAGUUCAGCUGCGUGUGCCUGUCAUAACGGCUGUGGCGCAGGCAACGAAAGGGACAGAAACGGGGAAGGCUGUGGAAUCGAAACCGAUGAAACUCAUUGUAGCCAUUCUUCAGGAGUUCCUGCUUUUUCAGAGCACUGCAGGAUCCUUGACGAAAAGCGGGUUAGUUUCUAUGAGUACCAUCAUUGAGAGUGUCGUCAAAUGUAACGGCAUAGAAAUAUCGUCGGAUAGUUAG